AUGGCGAAAUCAGUGGCGACGGCGACUUCCUCGCUUGUGCAAAACCUCAGGCGAUACAUUAAGAAGCCGUGGGAGAUAACCGGACCUUGCGCUCACCCGGAGUACCUGAAUUCUGUUCCGAAGGCGACGGAGUAUCGUAUCCGAUGCCCCGCCACGAUUGACGAGGAGGCGAUCGUGCCGUGCUCGGAUCCCGAUACGGUGUACAACAUCGUAUACCACGGUCGAGAUCAGCGCCGAAACCGCCCGCCGAUCCGGCGCUACGUGAUGAAAAAGAACGACGUGGUUCAGAUGAUGAAUGAGAAGAAGACGUUCGACGUGUCGGACUUCCCUCAGGUUUACUUGACAACCACUGUCGAGGAGGAUGAGAACGCGCGUGGUGGAGGCUACGAGUAA